AUGACAAAUAAAGUAAAUCAAUAAUUAAAUAUCAACCUUCUUUUUUCAUAGUGGUGCAGCCAGUCCACAAGGUAACGCAGCACCCCUCCUUAUAUUAUUUGGGGAGAACCCUGCCUAUGUUCCUAUCUAAACCAGGUGUGUUCCUCUGUAACCCCUCUAGGUGGAGGAGAACCUGGUGAAGGUCCGAAACGCUGGAACAGAGCAGGACCUGGGCAUCCAGUACAAGGCCCUGAAACCAGAAGUGGACAAACUCAACAUGAUGGCUGCCAAGAGACAGCAGGUAUGUACUGGACUGUCUGAUGGGGAGGAGAGGGGCAGGGAGGAAGGUUGGGGUGUGAGAUGGCUGCCAAGAGACGGCAGUCAGGUCCGUACCCUGGGAGGUUUCUGGGUUGGAGAGGGGGAGAGGAUGACCGUUGGGGUAGGUGAGGGACGGGGGAGAGGGAGCGUGGGUGUUAAGGAAGGUGGGGGAUUGAGAGGGAUGGUGAGAGGAAGGAGAUGGUGUGACACAGGGUGGAGAGAUGUAGCGAGGGAGUGGGAGACGAGAGGGAGAGCAACAUCGGAGAGAGAUGUUAUUAGGUUGCUUAGCUACUGAGGCCCUGUUUCCACUACGAGAGAUGGAGUCUGAGCAGCGGAGUGGCUUAGCUGCUGAGGCCCUGUUUCCACUACGAGAGAUGGAGUCUGAGGAGCGGAGUGGCUUAGCUACUGAGGCCCUGUUUCCACUACGAGAGAUGGAGUCUGAGGAGCGGAGUGGCUUAGCUACUGAGGCCCUGUUUCCACUACGAGAGAUGGAGUCUGAGCAGCGGAGUGGCUUAGCUACUGAGGCCCUGUUUCCACUACGAGAGAUGGAGUCUGAGCAGCGGAGUGGCUUAGCUGCCGAGGCCCUGUUUCCACUACGAGAGAUGGAGUCUGAGCAGCGGAGUGGCCAAAGAGAUUUCUACUUUUCCCUUCACAUUACUGCCUUGCCUUUCGCUGUGGCUGGCAACGCGACGUUCUUGGUCCGCAGCUCAGAUUUACUGUAAAUAUCACAGUACCCACUAGCCAAGCUAUUUAACAAUCCGAAAAACUUUUACACUAAAAACAUAUUACAAUAUUGAAUAAUGCAACCAAACCAUAUUACACACUUAAAUAAUGCAACGAUCCACAAGCAGACAAAGGGUUUAUUUUCUUGUCCGUACAUAUUCAAUUAGCUGACAAUACACAGCAAAACUCCUGCUAGCUAACAACCAUGUUUCAUGAUCAGGCAACGUUAGCAUAAUCAAUCAUUUAAUGUUUACCCCUCCCAUACGAAUAUAAAAGUACAAUAACGUUAUCAUUAGUGUCACGAAUAUUAUAAUAUAGGCUACGCGGCUAGGUGUAACGUUAGCUAGCUAAACAAAAUCAUUUCUGCUUCCUCACAUAAACGUGCUGGCUAGCUGAAUGUUUAGCUGAACCAUAGCUAGAUAUGACCUCUUAGGUUUACACUAGCUACCGUGUUAGUCGCCUUCGAAUAAACCAGGCUUAAUUUCGUCAAUAUGGAAGUCAUUGAGGUAAAAGCAAAUUGCGAUUUCAAAAUGUUGAUAAUUCCCUGUGGAGUGGCUUCUUGCCUGGACCUCGUGGCUUCCCUGUGGAGUGGCUUCUUGCCUGGACCUCGUGGCUUCUUGCCUGGACCUCGUGGCUUCUUGCCUGGACCUCGUGGCUUCUUGCCUGGACCUCGUGGCUUCCCUGUGGAGUGGCUUCUUGCCUGGACCUCGUGGCUUCUGCCUGGACCUCGUGGCGGACCUCGUGGCUUUCUUGCCUGGACCUCGUGGCUUCUUGCCUGGACCUCGUGGCUUCCCUGUGGAGGGCUUCUUGCCUGGACCUCGUGGCUUCUUGCCUGGACCUCGUGGCUUCUUGCCUGGACCUCGUGGCUAAGUGCAGUCAAGUAAAAAAUAAAAGCACAGAUUUAAAGCUACAGAGAACAUGUCAGAAUGUAACCGGCUGUUACUACAAUUACAGGUAAAAACUCAAAACCACUCCAAAAUAAGGAAAAUGUCUGUACAUUUCAGCUGUUUUCAAAAAACAUUGCUAUGCUAUUACAACAUUUUUACAGUAAGAGUGUUUACAGUAAGGCUCCGAGACCAUUCUGUUGACACUGCUUAGAGGGGGAGUGUUGGCUCCGAGACCAUUCUGUUGACACUGCUUAGAGGGGGAGUGUUGGCUCCGAGACCAUUCUGUUGACACUGCUUAGAGGGGGAGUGUUGGCUCCGAGACAUUCUGUUGACACUGCUUAGAGGGGGAGUGUUGGCUCCGAGACCUUCUGUUGAACAACUGCGUGUUGUCUAGAGGGGAUGUGUCUUAGAGGGGUGUUGUGCUUAGAGGGGGAUGCUUAGGGGAGUGUUGUGUUUGUGCUUAGAGGGGGAGUGUUGUGCUUAGAUGGGGGAGGUUGUGCUUAUAUUGGGGAGUGUUGUGCUUAGAUGGGGAGUGUUGUGGCUUGAGGGGGAUUGAGGGGAGUGUGUUGUGCUUAGAUGGGGGAGUGUUGUGCCUUAUCAUGGGGGAGUGUAUGUGCUUAGAUGGGGGAGUGUUGUGCUUAGAUGGGGGAGUGUUGUGCUUCGAUGGGGAGUGUUGUGCUUAGAUUGGGAGUGUUGUGCGUAGAUGGGGGAGUGUGUGCUUAGAUUGGGGAGAGUGUUGUGCUUAGAUGGGGGAGUGUUGUGCUUAGAGGGGGAGUGUUGUGCUUAGUGGGGGAGUGUUGUGCUUAGAUGGGGGAGUGUUGUGCUUAGAUGGGGGAGUGUUGUGCUUAGAUGGGGGAGUGUUGUGCUCUUCCUCCGGAGGUAACGUUCCAGACGUGACAAGUUUACAUGGCAGUAUAAGUGUAGCAGAGGGAAUGGGUCUCCGUCAUGUAAUAGGAUGAGUGGUGUCACUAGGCUGUUCAGACGCAGGCAGACAGGCAGACAGGCAGGCAGGCAGGCAGGCAGACAGACAGGCAGGCAGACAGGCAGGCAGGCAGGCAGGCAGACAGGCAGACAGGCAGGCAGGCAGGCAGACAGGCAGGCAGGCAGGCUAAUAUAAACUUGAGAUCCACCAAUCUGUAUGCGAUUCCUCCUGCUGUGUGAACACGGCCGUACGCUCGUGUGUGAGGCGGAGACCGAUGGUGAUUUCCUUUGUGUCAACGGCUUCCUUUUCCAAGCCUUUCAGUUUAUUCUGCCUAAUCCAUGGCUGCAUUUUAAAUGCACCCUAUUCCCUAUAUAGUGCACUUUUGACUAGUGCCUGUAGGGCCUAUAGUGCCCUAUAUAGGGAAUAGGGUGUAAUUUGGGAGGCAGCGGUCUGUGCUGUCUCUCCCUUCUAUAAAAAAACAUAACGCUGGGAGCCAGUAGCACAGAGCUGUACGGAGCUGUACGGCAGGGCCAUGCAUUAGGGCUGUACGGCAGGGCCACGCAUUAGGGCUGUACGGCAGGGCCAUGCAUUAGGGCUGUACGGCAGGGCCAUGCAUUAGGGCUGUACGGCAGGGCCAUGCAUUAGGGCUGUACGGCAGGGCCAUGCAUUAGGGCUGUACGGCAGGGCCAUGCAUUAGGGCUGUACGGCAGGGCUAUGCAUUAGGGCUGUACGGCAGGGCCAUGCAUUAGGGCUGUACGGCAGGGCCAUGCAUUAGGGCUGUACGGCAGGGCCACGCAUUAGGGCUGUACGGCAGGCCACGCAUUAGGGCUGUACGGCAGGGCCACGCAUUAGGGCUGUACGGCAGGGCCACGCAUUAGGGCUGUACGGCAGGGCCAUGCAUUAGGGCUGUACGGCAGGGCCAUGCAUUAGGGCUGUACGGCAGGGGCCAUGCAUUAGGGCUCUACGGCAGGGCCAUGCAUUAGGGCUCUACGGCAGGGCCAUGCAUUAGGGCUGUACGGCAGGGGCCAUGCAUUAGGGCUGUACGGCAGGGCCACGCAUUAGGGCUGUACGGCAGGGCCACGCAUUAGGGCUGUACGGCAGGGCCACGCAUUAGGGCUGUACGGCAGGGCCACGCAUUAGGGCUGUACGGCAGGGGCCACGCAUUAGGGCUGUACGGCAGGGCCACGCAUUAGGGCUGUACGGCAGGGCCACGCAUUAGGGCUGUACGGCAGGGCCACGCAUUAGGGCUGUACGGCAGGGCCACGCAUUAGGGCUGUACGGCAGGGCCACGCAUUAGGGCUGUACGGCAGGGCCACGCAUUAGGGCUGUACGGCAGGGCCACGCAUUAGGGCUGUACGGCAGGGCCACGCAUUAGGGCUGUACGGCAGGGCCAUGCAUUAGGGCUGUACGGCAGGGCCAUGCAUUAGGGCUGUACGGCAGGGCCAUGCAUUAGGGCUGUACGGCAGGGCCAUGCAUUAGGGCUGUACGGCAGGGGCCAUGCAUUAGGGCUGUACGGCAGGGCCAUGCAUUAGGGCUGUACGGCAGGACCUAUUGGAAUGGGCUGGUUAAUGACUGUGCCGUAUCACCGCAGGGGGAUGACAGACAGGCAGAAAGGAGAGUAGAAGUCGCUAAGGCAAUGUAAUGUUUCCAAAUGGUGUAAUAAUAAUAAUAAUAAUAAUACCGUUGUCUCUCCCUCUCUGUAGGAGUUGAAGGAUGUUCACCAUAAGGAUCAGAUGGCGGCUGCCCGCGGUGUUCUCCAGAGGAACAUUCCCAUGCUCUACACCGCCUCACGCGCCUGCCUCCAACACCCGGACGUGGCCGCAUACAAGGUCUGUAAUGUUUAUAGCGGCUGCGGCCCACGUGGCACCCUGUUCCCUAUAGUGAGCUGGAUUUGGACCAAAGCCAUAUGUGCGACAUGAAGGGAAUACGCUGCCAUUUGGGGCAUAACAAUGUUUUGUAACUUUUGUCCUGUCUUUUUUAAAAUAAUUUAGAUGUUUGUUUUACCAUUGAGGACCACAUUACGGCUCACUAAGUGGUCCUUGAAACUGUUUUUAAUGAAUGCUUUCAAGAGCUAUUCCUCUGGGAGGAAAUUAGAAUAGAUUGAACUUACCACAUUUCAUACCACAUUUCAUACCACAUUUCAUUACAUACAGAAUCUUAAAGCACUUCAAAGCCACAUCUUCUUGACGUAUUAUCUUUUAGUUCCCCCUAAAUAACAUUGAGUUUAAUUCCGUUCUCCAGGCGAACCGUGACCUGAUCUACAAGCAGCUUCAGCAAGCUGUCUCCGGCAUCUCUAAUGCUGCCCAGGCCACCGCCUCAGAUGAUGCUGCCUUCAACCACCCUGCCGGGGGAGGAGAGCUGGCCUACGCGCUCAACAACUUUGACGUAAGUCUAGUCCCCCACUAUAGUGGAGUGUAGGAAAGGAGGGGGAGGGAUGGGUUCAAAUCAAAUAAAACAUAUCCCCUACUCUGGGGUCCUCUACCCUGUCUUAUGUUCCUAUCCAUCUUCCCUCCAUGACCACUGAUCUAGACAUAUUGGGAUGAUAUGCCUUGGGUGGCUUCCUUUCCUCUUAUCUCCUUUCCUUGGUGUGUACUGAUCUGAUAACGCUGGACAAUGGCAAAAAAACAAAUGCAAUGUUUGUGUAAAGCAGGUAGGCCACUCCCCCCCACAAAAACCGUUACCAUGACAUUAUUCUGAUCUGUGUUCUAUUUACCAACUAACUCAGACAGAGGCAGUGUCCCAAAUGUCACCCUAUUCCCUAUAUAGUGCACUACUUUUGACCAUGGCCUAUAGUGCAGUCUAUAGGGAAUAGGGUUCCACUUGGACACAACCAGAGCAGUGUCUGUUCUUGACUGUAGCGUUUUGGCUUUCGGAGUACAUUGUGUUUUUCAUACAGAGAUAACAUACAUUUAGAAUUCCCUCCCUUUUCCCCCUCCCAGUGUCUCUCAUUAAAUAUUGACAUUCCAUACAGCCCAGUGUAGUGAUUCCUCCAUCACAAUGGGAUCAGCUAGUCCUCAUCUCUACCCCUCAUGCUGCUGUUGCUGUGGAGAACUAAAGCAUCAACUACAACAGAACACAUCAGAGCCUCGCAUUUUGCAUCCCAAAUGACACCCUACUCCCUACAUAGUGCAUUACUUUUGACCAGGGCCCAUAGGGAAUCCCAUAGGGCUCUGGUCAAAAGUAGUGCCCUAUGUAGGGAGUAGGGUGCUAUUUGGGAGGCAGGGAGGGAACAGGGCCCAGCCUGUGAGGGGAUGUUAUCACUGUAGUGACCUGUACGCUCUCGUUGGCUGGCCCUCACUACAUAUUUGUCGCCAAACCCACUGGCUCCAGGUCAUCUAUAAAUCACUGCUAGGCAAAUCCCGCCUUAUCUUAGCUCAUUGGUCACCAUAGCAGCACCCACCCAUAGUAUGCGCUCCAGCAGGUAUAUCUCACUGGUCAUUCCCAAAGCCAACACCUCCUUUGGCCGCCUUUCCUUCCAGUUCUCUGCUGACAAUGAAUGGAACGAACUGUAAAAAUCUCUGAAGCUGGAGACUCUUAUCUCCCUCAAUAACUUUAAGCAUCAGUUGUCAGAGCAGCUUACCGAUCACUGCACCUGUACACAGCCCAUCUGUAAUUAGCCCACCCAACUACCUCAUCCCCAUAUUGUUAUUUAUUUUGCUCAUUUGCACCCCAGUAUCUCUAUUUGCACAUCCUCUUCUGGACAUCUAUCACUCCAGUGUUAGUACUAAAUUGUAAUUAUUUUGCAUAAUCCCCACGCAGGGUGUUUAUUGUGUAGAAAAGGGGUUUAGGUGGUGGGCGUGGCAGUGGGCAUGGCAAUGAGAGAGGUCGGCCGUUGGCGCAGCUACAUUUUAUAGGCCCCCACCUUGGCGCUGUGGAGAAAUUGUGCACUGAACAAAAAUGUAAACGCAACAUGUAAAGUGUUAGUCCCACGUUUCAUGAUCUGAAAUAAAAGAUCCCUGAAAUUUUCCAUACGCACAAAAAGCAUAUUUCUCUCAAAUGUUGUGCACUAAUGUCUUGCGUAUUGAAGGAACGGUUAACAGGCGAGAGCUUUGUCCAUCAGGGAUAAUGGUGUUGGUCGGCUGGUGCGAGGGAGGAGCGGUGUGUGCACGUUUAUAAAGUGGUACUCCCUCUAAACAUCAGUGUGUGUGGUGUAGAGUUAAGGCAGGUGACUCAGAAGUGUGUGCAAAGCAUUUCUCCUUUGCCAAGUUAAUCCAUCCACCUGACAGGUGUGGCAUAUCAAGAAGCUGAUUAAACAGCAUGAUCAUUGCACAGGUGCACCUUGUGCUGGGGACAAUAAAAGGCCAUUCUUAAAUGUGCAGUUGUCUCACAACACAAUGCCGCAGAUGUCUACGUUUUGAGGGAGCGCGCAAUUGGCACGCUGACUGCAGGAAUGUGUACCAGAGCUGUUGCCAGAUAAUUGAAUGUUCAUUUCUCUACCAUAAGCCGCAUCCAACGUUGUUUUAGAGAAUUUGGAAGUAGGUCCAAACGGCCUCAACCGCAGACCACGUGUAACCACGUCAGCCCAGAACCUACACGUCCGGCUUCUUCUGCGGGAUCAUCUGAGACCAGCCACCCGGACAGCUGAUGAAACUAAGGAGUAUUUCUGUCUGUAGUAAAGCCCUUUUGAGGUAAAGACUCUUUCUAAUUGGCAGCGCCCCUGGCCAGUCAUGUGAAAUCCAUAGAUUAGGGCCUAAUGAAUCAAUUUCAAUUUCCUUAUAUGAAUUUUUAACUCAGUAAAAUCGUUGAAAUUGUUCAGUAUAGAAUUUCAGCCAAUUUAAUGCAAUUCUAUAAUUUUCUCCAUGCAUCUGAGAGGAAAUGCUAGUUUAAAGCUAAUUUCCUGCAAUUCUAUGCAUUUUGCCAUGGAUAAUGCAGUGUUCUUUUGCUCUAACAUAAUAACAAAAUGAAUACUGCUAAAUUCAUUGUUUAGGGCAUUUUUUAUUCUCCCUGUCUAGGUUUUAUUUAGGUCAUUGUUAGUUUUCAAAUUAUAUAUUAUUGAAAAGAAAUGAUGGAUCCAAUUUAUUUUCUACGUAUUGUAUCUGUAGUUUUUUAUUUUAUUUUUACACAACGUUUGGACUUAAGCCCCACGUAAAAACACUUAGGCGGCCUGCUCAAGGAUUACAAGAGCAGAACAAUCCCUGCAAUGAUUAUGGAGAACUAACAUGGCUGCCAUAGAAUGUUGUAAUGUCACGUAAAGGCAUCCUAAUGCAGGAAACACUCUGGCCCAACUCCUAAAUAAAUGGCUCUGGUCACCAUCUUAACUCUUCUUUACGUAGUGUCAGACUGCACCUGCUGUAUCAGAGAACUCUCUCCUAAAUGGAACCCUUCACUUAUAAAGCACUACUUUACAUUAUUUUUAUAAAUGUUUUUACAUUUUAGUCAUUUAGCAGACGCUCUUAUCCAAGAGUUAGUGAGUGCAUACUUUUUAUUUUUAUUAAAAAAAAAAAAAUUAAUAUGCUGGCCCCCCGUGGGAAUCGAACCCACAACCCUGGCGUUGCAAAUGCCAUGCUCUGCCAACUUUAGACCGGAGCCUAUAGGGGUUUCCUCUGUGUAUUUAAGGACAACAGUAAAGCUCCUCUUGGUUAAAAUCCAAAAUAUUGAAUGUACUUUAUUGGCAAAAGGUUAGAGUUGAAGUUGAGGCUAUGCCCUGUUUAUGAUGACCAAAUGAACAAUCUGGGAUUUUGCCACCAUCUGAAACCCUGAGAUCAAAUUUUAUAAGUUUGUUUUGGGGUCAGCAGCAGUAAAGGCAGCAUUAAUCUGAUCCAAUCCUGGAUUACGAGGAUUUUCUGGACUGAGUUCAAUCAGAAACGCAGGAUGACAUGUCAACAGCUUUAAAGCUUGACAGGCAUAUUUACAAAGGGAGAGACGCACGAGAGUGAGAGCGUCGAGGAGAGGAGAGGAUAAGAGAGGGAACAGAGAGAGGGGGCCAGUAGAAAAUGGAAACAGAAAGAACCAAUAUAGAGAGAAGUAAAAGAGAGAGGAGAAUAAAUAAAUAAAUAUACGUACCAGUCAAAGGUUUGGACACCUACUCAUUCAAGGGUUUUUCUUUAUUUUUACUACAUUGUAGAAUAACAGUGAAGACAUCAAAACUAUGAAAUAACACACAUGGAAUCAUGUAGUAACCCAAACAAGUCAAAAUAUAUUUUAUAUGUGAGAUUCUUCAAAUAGCCACCCUUUGCCUUGAUGACCAGCUUUGUACAACAUUUAUGAUAGCAUGAAUUGACCUCUAAAUGAUCAAUACAUUUGUUACCUCAUCAGUUAUCUCCGGGAAUGGUUUGAUUUGUGUUUCUCUAACGCAGCAGGUGUGCUAGCGUUUUCCCUGAUUUCUCUCCGUGUUAAUAAUUUUUGUGUCGAGAUUUACUAAUUCGAUUUUCAGCUCGUCCAUUACCCUAAUCACCAAAUAGGUAAACAUUCAGCCAUUUUGUUUUUGUCCGACCUCGGUAGAAUGUUCGCCUUUUACGAAGGCCAUCGCCUUAUGGGGUUCUUGGAACUCUUUCUCGGUGCCGUUGUAUGUUAUACGGAGCCGGGCAGGAAAAGCCACACCAUACCCGAACGUCUGCACGUCCACGGAGCAGACUCGGGACAUCGUUGAAAAGCGGCACGGUCACAAGCAACGCUGGGUUCAUAGUCUGGGGAAAAUACAGAUGGGUGCUCCGUUGCACCGAACUGGGCCAAAUUCUCUGGCACGCCGAAGACCAUCAAUACAAUCUGAUAGUAGUGUAGUGUAGUUUAGCCACAUUGACGCAAGGUUUCCCGCCAGGCUUUCUUGCUUGAGAGCCCCGACGUGAGCGGUCUACAAGGGCAUCUUUAUCCAAUUUGACGGCUUCCUCCUUCCCUAACUUUGAGACCGAUGAGGUAGAACUUGAGCCCGGGUCUUCAGCUACCCCCAUGAUUGUACUAUUGGAUCUUUACAUAUAACCUUGUAAUUGUAUGCAUUGUUCCUUAAAGCUAGCCACAUCAGUUUCGAGCUUCUUAACCGUGGUUUGUAGCAUAGUCGUGUCUGAGCAUGCUGACAAGCCUUGUUCCAUGUCGUCUUUUUGGGGUCAAAGCGCAAAGAAGGUAUUAAAUGGAAUUUUCAGCAGGAGCUCGGGAAAAAACGUGGACCACUCCAUGGCUUGCUCACUAGCGCCCCCCCCCCCUGUCAGUUCUUUUUUUUUUUAUGGACAACCAUCUCCGUUGCCCCUCAUCCGUCAGUGGAUAUGACUCCCAUUGGAAAACCAUUGACUCCCAUUGGAAAACCAUUGACUCCCAUUGGAAAACCAUUGACUCCCAUUGGAAAACCAUUGACUCCCAUUGGAAAAGCAUUGUCUCAAUUUGUACGUUUCAGAUGGAUAAUGUGCCCAACCGCAGUGAGAAUUCUCCCUCUUUGUGUGGGUAACAUGUUAGUAUUUUCAGACAAGGGAAUUAGUAUUCGCGCUCCUCUACUCUCUCCUCUCUAGCUGUGUAAUAGCUUUAUUUACAUCUGUCUCAUGAAGUACAGUGGGGAAAAAAUGUAUUUAGUCAGCCACCAAUUGUGCAAGUUCUCCCACUUAAAAAGAUGAGAGGCCUGUAAUUUUCAUCAUAGGUACACGUCAACUAUGACAGACAAAAUGAGGAAAAAAAAUCCAGAAAAUCACAUUGUAGGAUUUUUUAUGAAUUUAUUUGCAAAUCAUGGUGGAAAAUAAGUAUUUGGUCAAUAACAAAAGUUUCUCAAUACUUUGUUAUAUACCCUUUGUUGGCAAUGACACAGGUCAAACGUUUUCUGUAAGUCUUCACAAGGUUUUCACACACUGUUGCUGGUAUUUUGGCCCAUUCCUCCAUGCAGAUCUCUUCUAGAGCAGUGAUGUUUUGGGGCUGUCGCUGGGCAACACGGACUUUCAACUCCCUCCAAAGAUUUUCUAUGGGGUUGAGAUCUGGAGACUGGCUAGGCCACUCCAGGACCUUGAAUUGCUUCUUACGAAGCCACUCCUUCGUUGCCCGGGCGGUGUGUUUGGGAUCAUUGUCAUGCCGAAAGACCCAGCCACGUUUCAUCUUCAAUGCCCUUGCUGAUGGAAGGAGGUUUUCACUCAAUCUCACGAUACAUGGCCCCAUUCAUUCUUUCCUUUACACGGAUCAGUCGUCCUGGUCCCUUUGCAGAAAAACAGCCCCAAAGCAUGAUGUUUCCACCCCCAUGCUCCACAGUAGGUAUGGUGUUCUUUGGAUGCAACUCAGCAUUCUUUGUCCUCCAAACACGACGAGUUGAGUUUUUACCAAAAAGUUAUAUUUUGGUUUCAUCUGACCAUAUGACAUUCUCCCAAUCCUCUUCUGGAUCAUCCAAAUGCACUCUAGCAAACUUCAGACGGGCCUGGACAUGUACUGGCUUAAGCAGGGGGACACAUCUGGCACUGCAUGAUUUGAGUCCCUGGCGGCGUAGUGUGUUACUGAUUGUAGGCUUUGUUACUUUGGUCCCAGCUCUCUGCAGGUCAUUCACUAGGUCCCCCCGUGUGGUUCUGGGAUUUUUGCUCACCGUUCUUGUGAUCAUUUUGACCCCACGGGGUGAGAUCUUGCGUGGAGCCCCAGAUCGAGGGAGAUUAUCAGUGGUCUUGUAUGUCUUCCAUUUCCUAAUAAUUGCUCCCACAGUUGAUUUCUUCAAACCAAGCUGCUUACCUAUUGCAGAUUCAGUCUUCCCAGCCUGGUGCAGGUCUACAAUUUUGUUUCUGGUGUCCUUUGACAGCUCUUUGGUCUUGGCCAUAGUGGAGUUUGGAGUGUGACUGUUUGAGGUUGUGGACAGGUGUCUUUUAUACUGAUAACAAGUUCAAACAGGUGCCAUUAAUACAGGUAACGAGUGGAGGACAGAGGAGCCUCUUAAAGAAGAAGUUACAGGUCUGUGAGAGCCAGAAAUCUUGCUUGUUUGUAGGUGACCAAAUACUUAUUUUCCACCAUCAUUUGCAAAUAAAUUCAUAAAAAAUCCUACAAUGUGAUUUUCUGGAGAGAAAAAAAUCUCAAUUUGUCUGUCAUAGUUGACGUGUACCUAUGAUGAAAAUUACAGGCCUCUCUCAUCCUUUUAAGUUGGAGAAUUUGCACAAUUGGUGGCUGACUAAAUACUUUUUUCCCCCACUGUAUGUGGUCCUUCUAAGCAGGUUAAAAGGGGUUCCUCAAUGUCUCUUCUGUCUAGACCGGGUUCCCGGUUCGUCAAUGUCUCCCUUUCAGCCCUGUAGCUACUACCGCCUUUAAUGAAUGCGUUAGUCGCAGCAUUAGGUUUCAGAUCGAUGUGUAAUAUAUGGUUAGUCAUAUCCAAUAUCCUCUAUCUGAGGUGUAGUUACUUCUGAGUCACCUGCCUUAACUCUACACCACACACACUGAUGUUUUAGAGGGAGUACCACUUUAUAAACGUGCACACACCGCUCCUCCCUCGCACCAGCCGACCAACACCAUUAUCCCUGAUGGAUCGGGGACAAAGCUCUCGCCUGUUAACCGUUCCUUCAAUACGCAACGCUGCGCCGUGUUCAGUCUGUCGAUUUUGAGCAAUCGGCAAUGCUUUCUCCACGCGUUUCAAACAGUCACUCUGAAUGUGUGCGCGUGCAUUUCUGACUACUCUCUCCACACCUAAGUGUGUGUCAAGCGGUCCUCCCUCUCCCAUCACUCACCCCUCUCCCAUCACUCACCCCUCUCCCAUCACUCACCCCUCUCCCAUCACUCACCCCUCUCCCAUCACUCACCCCCUACCCCAGCCCCUAACCGUCCCUUGGGAGGAGUCCAGUGAAGUUCUAGUGUAGGUUUUGUUAUCUACAGCUUAUGUACCCAUUGGAAAGUGAUGAUGAAAUCAUAUUAUUGCAUGUGAGGGGGAAGGGAGGAGACAGGCGGGAGAUGAAGCGGUUUAUUUUUGAAUGGAGAUGACGUAGACUACAGAAUGCAGUUCAGUGUAUUUUGUAUAAUUACUUGCUGAUUCCAAGGACUAGGUCUAGUCAGCCCACGCUGUUGUCAACCUGAAAACCAUCCGUCUCCAAUAAAUCUAUUCAAAAGCACGAACAUGCCCAUUCUCACUUGACCUUACACGCACUCUCCCCAUAUAUUAACAACUCAUAAUAACAAAAAUAAUUAAAGCUGCAAGCACGGUUGCUGGGGUUAUUGGUUAUUGGUAAAUGUUGAAGUGAGUUUAGUUAUGACUCUGUCGGUCUAAAGCUGUGCCACUAGAGAUCCUGGUUCGAAUCCAGGCUCUGUCGUAGCCGGCCGCGACCGGGAGACCCACGGGGCGGCGCACAAUUAGCCAGCGUCGUCCAGGGUAGGGGAGGUAAUGGCCGGCAGGGAUGUAGCUCAGUUGGUAGAGCAUGGCGUUUGCAACGCCAGGGUUGUGGGUUCGAUUCCCACGGGGGGCCAGUAUGAAAAUGUAUGCACUCACUUAACUGUAAGUCGCUCUGGAUAAGAGCAUCUGCUGUAUUAAUAGUGAAACAAUGAAACAUUUCAAACGUGCCCACACACUGGCCCCAUAGCGCCACCAUCAGGACAGGUUGGAGACACACUGGCCCCAUAGCGCCACCAUCAGGACAGGUUGGACGCACACUGGCCCCAUAGCGCCACCAUCAGGACAGGUUGGACACACACUGGCCCCAUAGCGCCACCAUCAGGACAGGUUGGGCACAUCACCCUGGGAUGAGCUUUUCAUGGAUUCCUUACCACACUUGUCAAAUAUCCAAAUUCAAAAUCAAACUGAUCAUGCAAAUACGCGUUUUGAAGUAUUUUGGACCAUUUUUUUAACGAUGUUGACUACUUUAAAUGUCUUCUGCUGGACCGAUCGGCACCAAAUUUGGUAUAUAUGUCAUCAUUAAUGAUGGACCUCUUCAAAUUCAACAUUUUCCGAGGCUCUAGCUGAAACAACAUGAGAAUGAAUUGGUUUCCUGUCCAACAGCGCCCACCAUGCGGCCAAACAGAACCAAACUCUACAGCAGGGUUCUUCAAUUCCGGUCCUGGAGGGCCGAAACACCUCUGGUUUUUCAUCCUCUCCUUCUAAUCAGGGGCUAAUUCAGACCUGGGACACCAGGUGAGUGCAAUUAACUACCAGGUAGAAAUAAAGAAAACUGAAGUGUUUCGGCCCUCCAGGACCGGAAUUGAAGAACCCUGCUCUACAGGUUAGCUAGACUCGCAUCACUCUGAGUCAAACAGAUCAAGAGAUAUAAACAUGCCUUUUCUGACGCCCCCAUGUGGUCGAUCUAAAUGUGCUUGCAUAUGUUGAGUGUUUUGACCAUCCACGUCAAAUUUUGUUAUGAUACACACCGGUUUGUGUCAACUGUAACGCUCAACAGUUUUCCGUGUGUAUCAAGAAUGGUCCACCACCCAAAGGGCAUCCAGCCAACUUGAAACAACUGUGGGACGCAUUGGAGUCUACGUGGGCCAGCAUCCCUGUGGAACGCGUUUGACUUGGUGCAUUGGAGGACAGUCUAUGACGGGUGGCUGGAGCCUUUUGACAAUUUUUAGGGCCUUCCUCUGACACCGCCUGGUAUAGAGGUCCUGGAUGGCAGGGAGCUCAGACCAAGUGAUGUACUGAGCCAUACGCACUACCCUCUGUAGCGCCUUGCGGUCAGAUGCCGAGCAGUUUAUAUACAAGCGGUAAUGCAGCCAGUCAAGAUGCUCUCAAUGGUGCAGCUGUAUAACUUUUUGAGGAUCUGAGGGCCCAUGCUGAAUAUUUUCAGCCUCCUGAAGGGGGAAGAGUCGUUGUCGUGCCCUUUUCACUGUUGGUGUGUGUGGACCGUGAAAAUUCCUUAGUGAUGUGGACAACGAUGAACUUGAACCUCUUGGCUUGCUCCACUACAGCCCUGUGGAUGGGGGCGUGGUCGGCCGUCCGUUUCCUGUAAUCCACGAUCAGCUGACGUUGAGGGAGAGGAAGUCCAGGAGGGAGGUGUUUAGUCCCAGGGUCCUGAGCUUGGAGGUUACGAUGGUGUUGAACGCUGAGCUGUAGUCGAAGAACUAAAUUCUCACGUAGGUGUUCCUUUUUGUCCAGGUGGGAAAGGGCAGUGUGGAGUGCAAUAGAGAUUGCGUCAUCUGUGGAUCUGUUGGGGCGGUAUGCGACUUGGGUCCAGAGUGUCUGGGCUGAUUGUGUUGACGUGAGCCAUGACCAGCCUUACAAAGCAUUUCAUGGCUACAGACGUGAGUGCUACGGGGUGUUAGUCAUUUAGACAGGUUACCUUGGCUGGGUGAGCAUUCUCUGGGUGAGCAUUUUCUUGUUUGUGUAUGGUCCUGUACAGCUCGUUGUGUAUGGUCUUACUGUCAACAUCGGUUUGUGGUGGCAAAUGGCUAAGAAAAAUAUAAAUAACUCUCUCUGUAAAUGGUAUGUUCUACAGCUUAUCAUGAGGUAUUCCAUCUCGGGCGAGCAGAGCCCCGAGACUUCCUUUAAUAUUACUGAUCGCGAACCAGCUGUUAACAGAGACAUACACUCCCUCCCCCUGAGCUUCCCCGACUCCACCGUUCUAUCAAAGCAUAGAAAAAACAGUUCGAUUUAUAUUUACCAUGUCCUUGUUCAGCCACGACUCGGAGAAACAUAUGAUAUUACAGUUCUACAGAUCACGUUGAUAGGAUAGUCUUGAAAGAGCUCAUCCAGUUUAUUUUCCAGUGAUUGCAUGUUCGCCAAUAGAACAGAAGGUAGAGGCGGAUUAUCCACUUCUACGUAUUCUCGUCAGGUAUCCCGCCUGUCGGCCUCUAUAGAGCCGUCUCCUUCGAGUGUCCGGGAUUCGGGCCUGGUCUGGGAUAAACAAUGUCUUUCGCCUCAGACUCAUUGAAGUAGAAGUCCUGGUCCAAAUGGAGGUUAGUGAUCGCUGUUCUGAUGUCCAGAAGCUCUUUUUGGCAGAUGGGAACUAGUCCUGUACGAUGGCGAGUGGUGUGGUCGAUAAACCAGAAUUGGAGGAUCCUCCAUCGUUUUAAUUUCCAGUUUGGGAACAUUUUGGCUUCACAGUAGAUUACAACGGCGAUAGACAGAGUUGUGGAUAAAACGUUACCAGUAUGUCGCCACUGCUCAAUGAGAAUUGUCAGAACUGCAAUACGUACCGAUCCGUGGGUUUGGUGAACCGUUACACCAAUAACAUUUACCAUCACACCCUCCUAGGCCUUACCAUCGCAGAGGAAUUUGCAUGUAAAUGUUUCGUAAUGGAAGAACCAUAAUAAUAAUAAUAAUAAUAAUAAUAAUAAUAAUAAUAAUAAUAAUAAUAAACGCUUCGCUGGCUUUAUCCCCUACUAACAACAAUGUACAGUUGAAGUCGGAAGUUUACAUACACCUUAGCCAAAUACAUUUAAACUCAGUUUUUCACAAUUCCUGACAUUUAAUCCUAGUAAAAAGUUAGGAUCACCACUUUAUUUUAAGAAUGUGAAAUGUCAGAAUAAUAGUAGAGUGAUUUAUUUCAGGUUUUAUUUAUUUCAUCACAUUCCCAGUGGGUUUACAUACACUCAAUUAGUAUUUGGUAGCAUUGCCUUUCAAUUGUUUAACUUUGGUCAAACAUUUCAGGUAGCCUUCCACAAGCUUCCCACAAUAAGUUGGCUGAAUUUUGGCCCAUUCCUCCUGACAGAGAUGGUGUAACUGAGUCAGGUUUGUAGGCCUCCUUGCUCGCACACGCUUUUUCAGUUCUGCCCACAAAUGUUCUAUAGGAUUGAGGUCAGGGCUUUGUGAUGGCCACUCCAAUACCUUGACUUUGUUGUCUUUAAGCCAUUUUGCCACAACUUUGGAAGUAUGCUUGGGGUCAUUGUCCAUUUGGAAGACCCAUUUGCGACCAAGCUUUAACUUCCUGACUGAUGUCUUGAGAUGUUGCUUCAAUAUAUCCACAUAAUUUUCCUUCCUCAUGAUGCCAUCUAUUUUGUGAAGUGCACCAGUCCCUCCUGCAGCAAAGCACCUCCACAGCAUGAUGCUGCCACCCCCAUGGUUCACGGUUGGGAUGGUGUUCUUCGGCUUGCAAGCGACCCCCUUUUUCCUCCAAACAUAACAAUGGUCAUUAUGGCCAAACAGUUCUAUUUUUGUUUAAUCCGACCAGAGGACAGUUCUCCAAAAAGUACGAUCUUUGUCCCCAUGUGCAGUUGCAAACCGUAGUCUGGCUUUUUUAUGGCGAUUUUGGAGCAGUGGCUUCUUCCUUGCUGAGCGACCUUUCAGGUUAUGUCGAUAUAGGACUCGUUUUACUGUGGAUAUAGAUACUUUUGUACCUGUUUCCUCCAGCAUCUUCACAAGGUCCUUUGCUGUUGUUCUGGGAUUGAUUUGCACUUUUCGCACCAAAGUACGUUAAUCUCUAGGAGACAGAACGCGUCUCCUUCCUGAGUGGUAUGACGGCUGUGUGGUCACAUGGUGUUUAUACUUGCGUACUAUUGUUUGUACAGAUGAACGUGGUACCUUCAGGCGUUUGUAAAUUGCUCCCAAGGAUGAACCAGACUUGUGGAGGUCUACCAUUUUCUUUUCUGAGGUCUUGGCUGAUUUAUUUUGAUUUUCCCAUGAUGUCAAGCAAAGAGGCACUGAGUUUGAAGGUAGGCCUUGAAAUACAUCCACAGGUACACCUCAAAUUGACUCAAAUGAUGUCAAUUAGCCUAUCAGAAGCUUCUAAAGCCAUGAUAUAAUUUUCUGGAAUUUUCCAAGCUGUUUAAAGGCACAGUCAACUUAGUGUAUGUAAACUUCUGACCCACUGGAAUUGUAAUACAGUAAAUUAUAAAUGAAAUAAUCUGUCUGUAAAGAAUUGUUGGAAAAAUUACUUGUGUCAUGCACAAAGUAGAUGUCCUAACCGACUUGCCAAAACUAUAGUUUAACAAGACAUUUGUUGAGUGGUUGAAAAACAAGUUUCAAUUACUCCGACCUAAGUGUAUGUAAACUUCCGACUUCAACUGUAUCUCUCCAGAUGGAAAAAAAACAAAGUUGUUGUUAGUCAGCCUCAUCAAGGCUGCCGUUUUGAAGCUGUGUAACGCCUGCCGUUGCCCUAUCAAGAUGUUCAUAAUUAGAAGACCAAUAACCAGUAUAGCUGAAUUAAUUUACUGACAAAUGCCAUUUCUCUGCAAAUACACUUACUUUCAGCCAUACAAUUCAGUAGCUCAUAGCAAAACCUGAACAAUUAGAAUGUAUUAAGUUUUACAGCAGUAUUUUACACUUUCCGUUGGCAACUGUAGGGGAAGCUCUUGAAGCAUCCUCCUGUAAUAUCACAACUGUAGGGGAAGCUCUUGAAGCAUCCUCCUGUAAUAUCACAACUGUAGGGGAAGCUCUUGAAGCAUCCUCCUGUAAUAUCACAACUGUAGGGGAAGCUCUUGAAGCAUCCUCCUGUAAUAUCAUAACUGUAGGGGAAGCUCUUGAAGCCUCCUCCUGUAAUAUCACAACUGUAGGGGAAGCUCUUGAAGCAUCCUCCUGUAAUAUCACAACUGUAGGGGAAGCUCUUGAAGUACUUGACAAUGUUAUAAAACAAUAUUUCUCUAAUCAAAGUUUAUUCUUCAUAUGCACAUGAUAUACCUGGUGUACACAGUACAAUUAAACGCUUACUUGCAUUAUAUUGGCCAGGAAAAUAAGAGAAUGUUCCCAGUAAAGAAAAACUAGUGUCGUGUUCUCCAACAGGUCUCCUCCUCCAGCAAGCUGGUCAGUGGCAACACCACUCCAUCAGGUCUUAACCUGACUUUGGUUGAUUGA